AAUCGACAUAAAAAAUUUCACAUUAUAGAAGAUGGGUAUGAGUAAUGUUACCAAAUUAUAUAUUAAGAAAAGUAUAUAAAAAUCGUGAAGUAGGAUAUGAAAAUUAAAAUAAAAAAUAAAAAAUUGGAUACACUAGCCCAUGCAGGCAAUAUCUUUUUGAUGUCACUUCAUAGAUGAUAGAUAGACCCAUCCUAUGUUGGUACUUGUUCCUCUGUACAACAUUAAUUCCAAUUUGAUGAAACUGAAGAAGCUAUUAUUAUGGAUUUUCCACAUUGACCACAUUCAAUUUCAUCAUUGAAUAUUUGGUGAAAUAAAGCUUUUGUAAGGAUGGUGCAUUCAGUUCAAGUUGGCACCUAAACCAAUUAUUAUGGUGAAACCUACACUGUAAAAUACCCAACUGGGCACAAAUAUACCUGCACCUCUCUGUUAAUGUAUGACAGCAUGAUACCUGCAAACUAAUUCGCAUGCUAUUUGUACCUGAAUUUUUAUCUUUCUAAUUUUUAGUGACCCAAUCAAUGGGAAAAAGAACAAAAAUGGUCAACUUGUGAUUGGAUUUUGUUGGGUUUAUAACAAAAUAUUCUUUUCUUUUUAACUGCUACAACAGUUUUUUUUUUUUUAAUUUUAUUUUAUAUACUUUUUAUUUAGGAGGGAGGGGAGCUUUGCUAGCUUCCAUGAGUUAACUUUGUUGGCAAAGUUAAAGGAAAAAGAAGAAUGGCGCAUGGAAAUGGAAUCCCAUGUUGCCCUGUUCUUGCCCUUUUGGUUAUGGUGACUUUUUCCAAUGUUUUCUUGUUUGGUGUUAUGGGAGAUGAGUAUGUUUCUGCAGUUGGUGAUCCAGGGAUGAAAAGAGAUGGUUUGAGACUGGCAAUUGAGGCUUGGAACCAAUGCAAUGAGGUUGGAGAAGAAGCUCCAAACAUGGGCAGCCCAAGAGCUGCUGACUGUUUUGAUGUCUAUAAAUCCACUUCUCAGCUUGAAGGGGAGAAUGAUUGUUCUUUCUGCAGUAAAUUUCCACAUCUUUUAGUCCAUAGAGUUACAGAGGAUGACAAUAGGUUAGGAGUUGGGACCCCAUUUCCGGGAGGGCAAAAAGAGGUUCUCCAAAAUGUAGACCUUUAUGCUGCGCAGAAAGAGCUCUAUUUAGGUUACAAAUGUCAAGUUCCGGACAAGCCGAAACCAUGGCAAUUUUGGAUGAUCAUGUUGAAGAGUGGUAACAUGGAUACUUACGCGGCUAAAUGCCCUAAAAAUGGUCAUAAGAUAGGGCCAUAUGGUCCAGAUAAUCAGUUCCCAUGUUUUGGCAAGGGCUGUAUGAACCAACCACUGAUUUAUCAUAAUUACACUACCCUACAAGGGCCUAAAAGGACUACACUGAAGGGCAGAUUUUAUGGUUCUUGGGACCUCAAUGCAGAUUUGAGCAGAGGAGGAGACAAUGUGCAGAAUAUAUCUUACUACUCUGUGACCUGGGAAAAGGAACUAGGAACAGGCAGUUGGAUCUUUCACCAUGUACUAAGAACAUCAUCAAAGUAUCCUUGGCUGAUGCUUUACUUCAGAUCAGAUGCCACUCAUGGAUUUUCUGGUGGAUACCAUUACUCAACCCGGGGAAUGUUAAAAAUAAUUCCUGAAUCGCCUAACUUCAAAGUGAGAUUCACCUUGAAUGUGAUCAAAGGAGGUGGUCCAGGCAGCCAAUUUUACCUAAUGGACAUGGGGAGCUGUUGGAAAAACAAUGGCAAGCCAUGCGACGGCGAUGUAACUUCAGAUGUUACGAGGUAUAGUGAAAUGAUACUGAAUCCAGAAACACCGGCUUGGUGCAAACCAGAUGAUCCCAAAUUAUGUCCUCCGUACCACACAUUCCCUAAUGGAACUCGAGUGCAUCGCAGUGACAAGGCUCAUUUUCCUUAUGACGCCUACCACUUAUAUUGUGCACCUGGAAAUGGCAAUCACCUCGAAGAACCUAACAUUUUGUGUGACCCUUACAGUAAUCCUCAGCCUCAAGAGAUAAUGCAACUUUUGCCACAUCCUGUUUGGGGUUAUUAUGGCUACCCAACCAGGAAAGGCGAAGGGUGGAUUGGUGAUCCCAGAACAUGGGAGCUGGAUGUUGGAGGCUUAUCACAUAACCUCUACUUCUAUCAGGUUUGUAACCCUUCUCACUGGUGCCGAUUCAUGAAGUUUUUAGUCUCUGGGGUACCAUUGUGAAAUGAUAUACACGAAUAACAAAUUAAUUCGAACACAAUCCCUUUACCUCAAGUUACAAAGCGUUGAAGUUCAUAUCAUAUUUUUAGUGUCGCCAUCAGUUGCCAUGCACCCUUAAGUCAUCUUUGCCUCCUCUUGGAUUUGGAUAAGCUGAUUAGGUAUGUUUCUGUUGGUAACAUAACAUUUUUGUCAACUUUCCUGUCCCAUUCUAGUCGUUAUAUAUCAUUGCCUGCCCUGGACUUUUUUAUAAAAACAGAAUCAACAACUCGAAGUCCCAUAUGUUGAAAAAAGAUAAUAUUACAUCCAUUAGCUCAGAGAGAAACUUAUCUGGUCAAGAGCCAAAGAGAAAAUGCAACGGAAAAAAGGAAAACAUAACUCUGGAUUACAAGAAAGAUUUAUUAGAAUCUUAAAUUCAAAACUUUGAUAUGGGUUGUUGAACUAGAUUGUGUUUCUGUACUAAUGGUGUGUGAUAAAAACUUUUUUCUAUGUUCUUGCAGGAUCCAGGAACCCCACCAGCUAAAAGAAAAUGGACAUCAAUUGACUUAGGAACCGAAAUAUAUAAAGCUCCAGAUCAAGUUGCAGAAUGGACGGUUUCUAAUUUUGAUAUUCUUGUAAAGCUACGAAAGUGACAAGCUAGGAUAAUCAAGUAAUCAACAACACAGCAAAGAAGAAUCAUGUACCACUUUUGUUUUUUCAAUUAAAGGUAAACGGGAAAACACUUGCAAGUUGUAUCUAACCAAAGAAAGAAUGAAAGUUGAUCUUGGUCACUGUAGUUCGAAACUCUGUUCUCACAUUUCAGAAUCAAUGGAGUUCGGAUGGAGAACUACCGGUAACAUUUAUCAAUUCCAUGAAAAUCAUCAUUAGUUAUAAACAUCAUUCAGUUCUUACUAUUGCUGGAAAAUAUUGCAAUGGCUAGAUGAUGGAGAGUUGGAACUAAAAGAGCUAAAGUGGUUCGUGGAUUUUUCUCGCACUUCUGUAAUGAAUGUCAUAGUCAAGAUGGCAAAAAGAAUCUGUGGGUAAUAGCAAAAGCCAUCAUACCUAACAGUAUUGGUAAAAGAAGUUGCCAUCAUAUUCAUGGCAACCAAACAUUUGCUAGAUGCCACUUUGUUUUUCAUUCUAUUCUAGUAGUAGUCAAUAAAUUCUAGAUUUCAUGUUCAAAUUGUCACCAUCCAAUUCCACAAGUUACUGAACAGUGAAGAGGGGAAAAAAAUACUCAUCCGAAAAUUCUUCUCCUAAAGCUCAAAACUAUAUCCAAAAAAUGUAACAUGCAACUCAAGACCAAUGGAUAAUUGAUGCAGACACUAACUUUUGAAUUCGACUAGGUUUUAGUAUUUUAGCAAAUCAAAGUGACUAGUCCAUUUUACAUAAUGCAUUUGCACUAAAAUAUAAAAUAAUGCAUAUCCUGCUGCAUGUUCGCUUACAGGUCAAAAACAGCAACCUCAUUCAAGGAAUCAGAUGCAGCAGCCACUGUGCUUAAGUGAUGAUGAUAAAGGUGGAAAAACACAAAAAGAAGGGUUGAAGAUAGAGAUUGCAUAAGCAAGACAACGACGCUGAAAGCGAUGCAUUUGAAACAUGGGGUCGUUGGAGCUGGAUCCCAUCUCCAAUCCAAUGUCGACAUAUCUUUGAACUAACAAAUUAGUGGACUGAUCAUCAUGUGAAUGAAGAAGGGAAGAACUCAUCAUAUUAGUAAAGGAAUAACUGGUAGCCUUCUGGUCAGUCAUAGGAUUUGACACAGGAUGAUAUUGUAAACUCUGUUUACAAUAUCAUCCUAUUCCGUACCUAAUUUAUAUUUUCCAGGAU